AUGCAUGAAGUUUUGAAGUUGUUGAUUCAACUUCUACCCGUUGUAUCCAGAAAUCAAGAAGUUCCAUUAGCUGUAGAAAAAGAAGCUUUCUUGGUGACACAUCCUGAUCUUGUAGAGAAAUUUGGGAAUGAUUUAUUACAUGUCUUGAUCCAGGUUGUUGAUUCUGGGGUGGAUUUAUAUAUCUGUUAUGGGUGUCUAUCUGUUGUUGACAAGUUACUUUAUUACAUUUUAAUGGUUUCAUGUUGGUAUAUAAAGCCACUGCCAGCUGAAUCAGAGAUGAAAUUUGAAUUUGAGAACAUGAUAAUAGGACAGGCUAUACCCUCCAAUUUUAUCCUUCACAUUGAGAAAUGUUUCAUGGAAGCUGCCAAUUCGGGUUUUUUGAUUGGAUUCCCAGUUGAAAAUAUUUGUGUGGUUAUGACAGAUGGUGCUUCUCAUGUUGUGGUUAUGACAUAG